CCGCUGCCGCCGCCACCGCCGCCGCCGUAUACGCCGUACGCCGCUGUAAGAACAGGAGGAGAGCGCGCGUGCAAGUCGUAUUACAUCGUAUACAGCGCGGCGCGAGGGAGAGCGCGCGGUGGGUGGGGGAGUUUUGGCCGAUGGCGGCUGUCAACUCGCGGCGCUCAGCCCUCCUCGCACGUACGGUACUCCGGCCGCCGUGUCGCGGUGACCCACGCCUCGCCCCGGGCCGAAAAUAGCCGGCGCGCGCUCGCGUUGAAUGCGCGCAGCAGGAUCUCACGGAAGCGCCGCGACUCGACGGGCAUAUCCACUUAUAUAUGACAUCGGGCAAGGAGACAAUGGGUGAACAACCAAUUUUCAUGUGCAAAGCGCACGUGUUUCACAUCGAUCCCAAGACCAAGCGGUCUUGGGUACCGGCGUCGUCGGCAGCAAUAUCAGUAUCGUUCUUUUACGAUUCCACCAGGAGUUUAUACAGAAUAAUUUCGAUCGAAGGGGCAAAGCCUGUCAUAAAUAGCACAAUUACCCCGAACAUGACUUUCACCAAGACAUCGCAGAAGUUUGGCCAGUGGUCGGACGUCAGGGCGAAUACCGUGUACGGCUUGGGCUUCGCGUCCGAGGCUGAAUUAGGAAAGUUCAUCGAGAAGUUUCACGAGGUGAAGGAGGCCACGAAGCUGGCCAACGCCAAGCUGCAGUCGAACAGCUCGUCCGUCACGCCGGCCACCAGCGCGAACGUCAGCCCGAUCACGUCCCGAUCGGGCAUGCCGUCGUCGGAGCAGGAUCUCAUAGACCCGCCCAGCUCCUCGAUGAUUAACUCCAACAUGUCGUCGUCGAACUCGGCGAACGUGAAUGCCAAUAUGAUUUCCGCUCAGAACAGUGUAUCUUCGGUAAGCAGCAGUCCUUUACCUGGUAGUUUUCAGAAUAAAGUGGACGACGAAUUGAAAAACGCAGUCCAUUCAAGAUCACAGAGUGUUUCUCAGAGUACAGAAAGUCCGCAACAUCAAGGGAAAUCGGCGCAAUUGAGCUCGUCGCAAAGUGGACAGUCGGCUGAGGUGCAGCUCAAGUAUGAGAACGACAGGCUGAAACUCGCCCUAGCUCAAAGUUCUGCUAACGCGAAGAAAUGGGAGGUUGAAUUGACUACCCUGAAAACCAAUAAUGCAAGAUUAACGAGCGCGUUGCAGGAGUCCACGGCCAACGUCGACGAGUGGAAGAGGCAGCUGCAGUUGUACAAAGAGGAAAAUGCCAAAAUAAAACUCAAGUACGCCGAUUUGGAGACCGGUAAGAUCGCGGAGGGUAACAGCGAAGCGCUCAGAUUGAGAGUCGAGGCACUGGAAAGCGAGCUGAGAACGCGAAACGAUGAAAUCAAAGCUCUCACCAUGGCCACCAAGAAUAAGGAUUUUGUGGCUCUACAAAAGGAGAAUUCAGAGCUUCGCGAGAUGUUGAAUGUAGUUCAUGAACAAUUAGAACUUGCGUUGAGUGCAAAUAAAGUUCAAAAACAAAAUUUGGAUACGUUAAACGCUAGAUUAGCUGGCUACAUACAGGAUUUGGUAACUGUACAUCGAGAAAUCACAAACACGUUGCAAACUUAAGAGUUUGCGCGAUAGGGGAAAGAAACCUAAGAGUGCCUCUCUUAGGUCUUUUGUAUUUACUAUAAGAGCGCGAUGUACGAAUGGACGAUAUAGAUUAAUAACAAAGAGAGAAGUUCCGAGAACAGAAAGCAAAGUCGAAUGCAGAUUAAAUCGAGAGCAGAAAGAAUUAUAGUAUAACUGAGAUAUAAUUGUCUCGAAAAUAGUACACUACAGAAGAGAUUGCUCCCUGAAAUAUGUAUUUAAAUUCGAGUCGACCUGACCCGUUUAAAGCUUUCUUUUUUUUUUCAAGGAUAAGUUUUGUGCCAUAAUUGUGCUAUUGUUUGUAUACAGAAUAGGACACUGACUUUACCAUCUACUUUCUCUCCGUCUACACGUCUAUAUGCGGUAUAGAUUGUGUGUGAUUUUAGAAAGUAUAAGUUCAGUUAAAUUUGCACUUGAUUCUGUUUCUAAAAACGUAACCGGUGAUUAUCUUUCUUACUAGAGUUAAAAGGAGUUCUCCAUAUAUAUAUAUAUAUAUUUUUUUUUUACAGAAAUUGUAGAGAAUUUUAAGAAACUGAUUUAAUACUCACUUUGAUAUAUUCUUUUUCUGAAUAUUGUACUGCAUAGAAAAGUUCUUAUAUUUUUAUGGUCUGCGAGACAUACUUACUUUCUUUAUGUAACAGUUAUAUUAUUAGACUCUCAUUCUAAAACAUAGUAAUAACUGUUAAAAAAAGAUUAACAAUUACUACUACGUAGACUUUCCCAUUUUAAAUAUGGUAAUAGUUAUUUUAUUGCAGUUAUACAGUAGCAUUUGUUCUCAUUUUUAAUUCUUAAAAACUGAAGAUUGAAAGUGUGGCUUCUUUUUGUUAUACAUUCUUCGAUUCAAACAAUUGCAGUCCACUCUAAUCUGUCGAGAUUAAAGAUCUUACACAUAUUUCGUAGAAUGUGAAUAUUACUAAUGAUGAGCUCAUCCUCGACGAAUUCACAAGUGACUUAAUAGAAAACUGAAUGGGAGUCUAGUGAUUUAAGAAGUGUAGAACUCAAGCCGUGUCACAUGUCGACCAGAUACUAAUAGUUACGGGUAAUACGUAAGGGAGAUAUUUGCGAACGCUGGAACGCAAUUAAAUAAUUUACAUAUAUUAUACGAUAGAGAGUGUUCAGUUCCCCUGUGUCUCAAACGCAAGAGCUUAAGACUCUCUGUUGCGUUAAACGAUAUCUAAAUUGUUUAAAUCUGCUCGAGUAUUCAAAUGUAUUAGUCUCUCUAUGGAUCAUACAGGGUUGUCUAAAAAUAUACAGUCAAACUUAUACAUUAUUAAAGUGGUCGAGCAUGUGAAGGAAGUUUAUAUUGAAUCUCUGUCCAAAGAUAUUUUAUAUAGGUUUAUAAAUGAAUUACAGGAGGUUGACAGUUCCCUAGGCAAAACUCAUCGCUCUCAUCGCUUUCGUAAUUCUUUAGGCGUGUCGCUAAUUCAGAAGCAAGUGCAUAUCAGUUAUCGUUUACACUUACGCAUACCAGUAAUUACAUUUGUUUGUAAGACAUUAACAAAGCUCCAAUGAACUUAUAUAAAUAGCAGACAAAACUAGGGUGCUUGUAUAUAUAAAAAUAGAAAAGAAAUACCGACAAUAAAAGAAAUCAAUUUCAAGCAAUUUAUAUAUAAGAAUGAAGAAGGACAAAAAAUGUUGAUACCCCCUUUUAUAUUUCUUUUAUCUGCGUAAUUACUUUUUCUAAUCUACUUUAGACUUAAAUUUAUACUAUUUUAUAAUGAUAUAAUAGUAUCUUUGUGUUACUUUUUUACUUUUCUACUACGAUUUCAAUUUUAGAUAUAAGACGACAAAGACAAAUACGAAAAUUUCGCGAUUUUUAGAAAAUGUUUGCUGCAUAGUGUAGAUUAACUAAGUGAACAUAACAAGAGUCUUCUCUGGAAUGUCGUUUAAGAAUCAUUGCUUCACAAUAUGUACAAAACCACCUUCGAAUUUUAUUAUGCCAAACGCGUAAACAUAUGUCCAACUGAUUGAUGAUGUGCGUGAUACAUUCAUCAUAUUACAGAAUGUCUGUGAUAAUUUUCAUCUUGACAAAUACGUUUUUUAUACUUUUUUUUACUCUUGUGAAUUAAACAUUUAUUUCGUAUUUUUCCUCUUUAUCGUAUUCAAGUGUAUUAUAUUGUGUAUGCAAAAAAUUAAUCGACCAUUCCAACAAUAUCUGCUGCUGCGAUCUUUUGUGAGAUACGUUUUACCUCUUACGUCUGUCGUGUUAGAUGGAAGAUAUUUCAGAUGGUAAAGUCAGGUGUCCCAUUCUGUAAAGGAUGCAAUACAAUUACUGUUGAAUUUGUCUGUAUGCGAGCACCAUUCUUAUGUAUAAAAAUACAGUAGAACGGCGACUGUCCCAAGUGCGUGUUUGUGAGAGAGAGUUUGUUUUUCGUAAGAGCGUUCCUGCGAACAAUCCAUCAAGAAGAAAGACGGCACACGAAAGAGAAAAUGAUAUUCUUCCAACAAAGAUUACCGAUAUCAGUACGAGACAAAUAUAAUAUCUGCUUCCCCGAACGCAUUAUCUAAUAUUGAAGUACGCAUCCUCCGCCUCUCACAACUACUGCGUUUCGCUAACAUAUAAUAUAUGUAGAGAGAAAAUAGUUUCAGGUCUCGCGCGCAUUUCCUCUCAGCUACCAGAGUCCUUUGAUCUGAGCGAUCUCCGGUUAAAGAAUUCGUAGACAGAAGCGAAUGCAGCGAAUCUCUCUGGAACAUUUUGUACAUACAUUUAUUUCAAUUUUUGAAUCCUGCAGUACUCGUGCACCGAUGCCAUUUAUUAUUCAUGCGCGCUUGCCAAUGAUCGCAUUGAUUUUGCAACAAAUCGAAAUCGCCAAAUCACCAGUAAUAUAUAUUUUCUUUUAUUAAAGACAUUUGUUGCAAUUCAACAUCAAGCUUGAGAUUGUAUAAAGUAUGACAGUACUGGAGGGUUUAAAGCAAUGUUAUAUUUACGGAAUUAUAUAUAAUCUUGUUAUUAGAGAGAGAAUUUAUGUUUUUAAGGAAUAUAUACAUAUAUUUCUUAUUUUAAAGAUAUUAUCAUUUAUUAUAAGAUUUUUCGCUAAGAUUCUCUUUUGUUGUCCUUAUCGUACUUUGUGUUUAAUGUGUAUGUCUAUUAGCGUUUUCUACUGGGAAAACUAGUGUAACAUUCGCGCACACUGAGUGCAAUUAUAUUGUUCCUGUAAAAAUCAGUUUACGUAUUUUCAAUGUUUAAUGUUGACAAAACUGCAAAGAAAAAUUAUACUGAGUUUAACUUUUACUCCACCAUCUUUAGAGACAAUGGAAGACCAGUGGAAAUUAAAAUUGAGGUUGUGUUUGUACUUUAAGAUAUGAUAUUACAUUAAUUAUGUUAAGAUAUGCUAUUGCAUUUUUUAAACAACGAUAUUUUUAGUUUUAUAUGUCUAAUGAUAACUGCGUAAUAGCAUUAAUAUUUUCACGUUUAAAAAAUUUAAAAAUUCUAAAAACGAAGUAAAUCAGAAAAAUGUUGAAAAAUAAGCAAUUUAAAAUUUAUGUAGUUAUAUUUGUUAUAUAUAAUAAUAGUAAACCUACACUAUUAUUGCACUAGUGCAAUUUUUAUCGAAACCUAACGGCGCUAAUGUCUGCACCAAUUUUCCCAGUAGAAAACGCUGUAUAUUUAAUGUUUUUUGUACUAGUAUAAUCGUUAUUCGUAGCAUCGGUUCUCGUGUUAAUUUAUAUUCUCGGAUGAUCGACGUUUUACUGUACGUAGGAAUACUUUAAUUUUCCAUGACAUGUAUUGAAGCUAAUAAUUGUCGCAUGAACACGCGCAUUUAUAAUUAAGUGAUUAAUAUAUGCACUUAUGUAUUUCGAGAUCCCAUCGAAGAAACUGUGUAGUAAUUUUACGUCGCGUCUUGGCCGCCAGAUUUAUAUAGUAUUUGCAGUUCGUUUUUUUUUAUAUAGAAAUUAUUAUGUUAAAUGCAUGUUUGUUACUUUUUUUAUUGUACGAAUACUCGAAACGUAUAUUAUUAUUAUUGUUGCUGAAAGAGCAUUACUAAUGUCACUGCUAUUGCUGCUACUUCUACUACUUGCGGUCAUGAUACUAUUAUUAAGUCACCCUCUUAAUCUAACUAUUACUAUCGCUCAAAUCUCUCUCUUUCUCCCUAUACAUCCAUUAUUGAUAUCUUCAUUAUGUAUUAUUGCGAGUGGCAUUGUCGUUAGAGAUAUUUUAAUUACCGGUAUUGCAAAUACAUUGUAUUAAUUGCGCCUGCAAAAAUGUUUAAUAGUUAGAUACAUAAAACAUAUCAAGAACGUCACACAAUUAGCGUAACAUGCGUUUCUCGAAUUCCUUUUCUUUUUCUUUUUUUUACUUUCAUUUUCUCGUAACAAAUUACAGUUACCCUGUGAACAUAAUUAAUAAUGUCUACGCAUUUAAUGUUAACAACCUUUAGUAGAAUCCCGAUUAUGUAGCAAAAUUAAUUAAUUUCAUUGUAUACUAUAUCGUAUUGUUCUUGCAUAUACAAUUUCUCUUCAUUAUCGUUGAUUCAUGGGGAUCUAGAAUGUCUGACACGCACUGUAUAGAACCGUUAAUAAUAAACGGUUUUGAUUGUACAAGGUGAUUAUUGGCGACGCAAUCAGAUAAUUUUACUUGAAAAAAAUUAAUAAAAAAUGCAGGAUAAAAUUUUUCUGCACAAAGUUUUGUUAAACUUUUUGAGUCUAAAAUAUUAGUAAUAUCUUUUCUGUUUUAAGCCAUUUUCGAUAUUGUGCCAUUAGUUAAACUUAUUUUAAUAAAAAUAAAAAAACGAA